AUGGGUUGUGGCAUCUCAACUCUAGACGCUGAAAACGCAGCCCGUGGUGAACAUGUAAAUGGUGAUCGUCGUGCCAUGGCUCCACUCAUUGUUGAGAGUGGUGUCGAGGGUGAAUCGUUGCAUGGGAAUAGUAAUAAUAAUAAUAAAAUGAAGCCAUUGGGUGAUGAAGAAGCCAAGGAUAAUGAUGGAUCAAUGAAAGAGAAAAGUGUCGUGGAGAGGAAUGAUAUGAAGGUGGAAGCGAGGGCACGAGAGAUUGGAGGAAAAGAAAAGCGUAGUAGUGGUGAUGGCAAAUGUUGUGCAGAGAAUAAUGUUGAGGAGGAGUUUGAGAAUCGGGAUGAUAAGCUCACUGUUGGCCCAGGGUCACCCAGUUUCAGGGAGUAUUGUAAUGACCAUUGUGGGAAUCGAAGUGAGUGA